CUGCACCCAACGAUCAGUCGUCGAGUGACUUUCAUUGCGAAUACAACGCAUUUGAACAUUUCUCGAGUUUGUGUAACAAAAUAUUACGCUUAUAGAUUUUCUAAUUAUCAUCAAGUCAAAUAUACAAAGGGUGUAUCCGAUAUGGCCAACUCAACUCCAACUUCCUGGUGCGGUCGUGGCGAUAAGCCGCGUGUCUUUGAGAAGCACGAACCCAUCGUCUGCUACGAUAAGCCAGCUGCGGCUCUUGUCUCCAAGGAACUUUAUGAUGACAAGCGUUUCCAUGCUCUGACAGGCGAUGUUAUCGAAACUUUGGUGGUGCCAAAGCGAGAGGCGCGCACCUGGACCAUGCAGGAGGGCGAUCUGUGUCGCAUAACGGUACACGAAGGAUCGCAGGUGGGCGACGUGAAUUUCUGGAAUCUGGAGAAUACUCAGGAGCGCUUCUAUUCGGGUAAAACGCGUCAAUUGCAUGCGGCCCAUCUGAAAGUCUACGAUAGACUGUGGAGCUGCCUUCCCUAUCUUCGUCCCAUGGCCACCUUUGUGUUCGAUACCUUGGCCAAGUAUGGUAUCGAUGAAGAUGGCGGUGCUCUGCACGAUGUUAUCGGCACUCGCUGUGACGAUUAUACUUACAAACUGAUUACCGGUAAGGAUCGUGUAGGCAGUUGUCACAGCUCGCUGGUCAAAGCUGUGGUCGAGGAGCGAGACUUGACGGAGCAGGAUGUCCAUGAUGUGUGGAACAUUUUUAUGUGCACCGGCUUCACCAAGGACACGCAGCAAUACUUCUGCAAACCAAGUCCGGCUCGCAAGGGGGAUUUUAUUGAAUUUAUUGCCGACAUGAAUUUACUGGUGGCUCUCAGCGCUUGUCCCCAAGGCGAUGUCUCCAUUCCUGUGGGUGCUGAGGUGCCCGAUGAAAACUGUCAUCCUCUGAAGGUUGAAGUCUUCCGCAGAAAGUAAUUGUACAUCAUAUUUAUAUUAAUAAUGAAUUGCAUGUGCCAAAUAAAAAAUGCUGCUUUGUUAUCAAA